AUGGUCCGCGCGAUUGCCCCCGCGAAGUCGCUGCCUUCAGCGUCCGAUCUGCUGACGCAAGUACCUAUUUGCAUCAAAGAAACAGAAAGGCACUCGAGAGCCGCCCGGCGCGCCACCUCACCGAGCAUCGACACAGACAAGUCUCUCAAAAACGUCAAGCCGCCGUCCCAGUCGGUCGACUACCGGCCAGCCGUCCUGCAGGCGCACCACGAAUCCGGGAUUACGAAAAAGUCCAAGCACGGUCGCAGAGCACUUCCGAGCAGCAAGUCGCUCAGGCGCCGCGGGAAGUACCUCGAGCGAGCCGAGGCCAUCCUCGAACGGACGGCAGUCAAGAUCGAAAAGAGCAAGGGACGAUCACGCACCCUCCAGGGCAGGAGAAAGGGCUGGGAUGAGGUGAACAAGAACGACGCCGUCAACGUGCGGCCCAAAUUCCCGACAGAGGAGGAUCUGGAGAAUGAGAGCGAAGGCGAUGCCGCGGACACCGGGGCGGUGAGUGCAGAAGCGCAGGGUUGGGAGACGGACGAGGAGAUGGAUGGUGCGGAUGUCGAGGUCGGCCAGCAGAAACCGCCGACCGCGGCACCAGGAACUAUUGCUGUUACGCAUGGCUGUGACGUCCCUGGGAACGAGGUCUGGAAGCAGAAGAGCCUCACUCAUCCAAAUCCAACUUGGAAAUACAAUAAGUCCAGCAGUGACAGGUUUGUUUCAUUUGUAUUGACGCAACGCGAAACACUUCUUGCGUAUCCGCGGCGACCACGGACCGCACCGCUGGACGUGACAUCCAAACCCAGCAACCUCCGUGACAGCAACGUACGAAUUUUCCAUUUUCGACAAACAACAAACUCCAUUCACCAUUCUCCAUUCUCCAUUCUCCAUAUCCCUAUAUACUUCCUACUUUCAGAACCGGAUCCACUUCGGGAUGAGAACGAACUCCCACGAGGGCAAUAUAUCAUGGCAAAUCCCGAGCUCGCCAUAGCCAAAGUCAACUUCAGCGCAGUCCUUUUCCGCAAGGACCCCACGCCCUUGACGAGGCCCGAGAUUGAAGCCUUCCACACCCUCCUCACUGAUACCAUCACCCAAUGCUCUCGUCCCAAUGUCCAGAACUGCAAGCAAUGGAUCCUCUCCCACCUGCUCCCGUCGUCGGCACGCGUCGGCGCCUUCGCCAAGUACCUGGUAGCCCUCUCCGGCUCUUUCGCCGGCGAGGCAGCCAAAGAGAAGUCGCCGAAUUCUAGGCCCAAGCCCUCGCUCCGAAGGAGGCAUCUACACCUCCUGUACCUACUCAACGAUGUUCUCUACCAAACCGUUAUUCGGGAGCGUGACGAUGCUUGCGCCAAAACCCUGGAGUCGAGCCUCCCGACGCUGUUCCACAAUGCUGCUGCGUUUCAACACGCUCCUAAGCAUGCGAAGAAGCUUGAGAACCUGCUUGCCCUCUGGGAGGAACACCGAUACUACCCGUCGGCCUUCCUCAACAAGCUGCGUGAUACGAUUCGCGAGGCGCUGUCCGGGGCGAACGCCUCCAAACUGGCGGCAAAGGAACAACAACAGCAAGAUGGCGGUGCCGCCCAAACCACCAAGCCUAGCAACCGCCAAGUCCCCUUUGUGAUCCCGGCUAUGCACGGCGAUCCGUCCAUGCCGUGGUACGACAUCCCAGCCGCCAACUGGCUGCCCCACCUCACACCCAACUCGACGAAGCCGAUGCAGCCGGAUAUGAUCAAGCCGCUCCAGCUAGCUCCCGGUCCGGCCGACAAGGCCCUCGCACAAGCGGUGAAGGAUCUCCUCCGGGAUGUCGAAAGAAUCUACAGCAGGGGCCGCAAGCCAGAGGACGACCAUGACGACGAGGACGUCCAGCACUCCACUUCCAUCAGCGAGAUGGGCGAGCGCGUCCUCUUCGACGAGAUUACUGGCGAACUCAUCGGCGGGGAGACGUACUACGGCUGGUCACGGGGAUUUUGCGAGAAGAUGAAGCAACGUGACCGGAAGAGCAAACACCAGACCGACGAUCGUGAUCGUGGCCGCAGCGCUCGCUCCCUGUCGAACAGGAGCAGGACCAUUAGCAGAAGCAAGAGCAGGGGUAGCCGUUCGAGGUCUCCAUCCCGCGCUGCUGCCGGCGGCCGAUCCAGCCUCAGCGUCUCACCUCCAGCUUUCAAGCGACGCCGCCUCUUUCCCGGCUCCUCAGGGAGUCCCAGCCGAAGCCGGAGUAUUACCCCUCCUCGGAAGAGCUAUCGUCCACGCUCCUACAGCCGCUCGAGAUCCCGGACACCGCGCCGUAAGGACGGGUCGCGGUCACGAUCCCGUUCCGGGGACAGGACCAGAGACAGGUGCCGUUCCCGCUCGCCGACUCGCGGUCCCAAGUCACACCACAACAAGCCUCCGAGCGACUUUGACCAUGACGGUCCAUCUCGCUACAACAGCAAUAGCGCCGCGCAGCAUCCCCCUCAGCCAUUUAUGAACCCCCAUCCUCCGUUCCCUCCCCAUGCACCACCCAUGGCCGGCGGUAUGAACCCUUUCCACGGGCUUCCACCGCCGCCGCCUCCCCCGCAAGGCUACCAGGGAAGCUGGCCUCCCCCGCCUCCUCCCCCUCCACUGCCCAUGGGAAGUCCGCCUCAAAAUUGGUUUCCCCCUCCCCCCAUCCCGCCUAACCCCACCGGCCCAGGCGGUCCUUAUUCGGGUGGAUGGCAUCAACAGGGACCUCCUCCCCCACCGGCCCCUCCACCGCAGUAUGGUCGUGGUGGACACGGACAAUACCGUGGAGGGAGAGGUGGCUACGACCGUGGAGGACAAGCUGCUCGUGAAAAGCUGAGAACCUCCCGGCCCUCGCAAUUCCCAAUGUCCCCACAAGCCAUCCGUGUUCCGGACAGAGAGAAGGGCUGGGAAAGAAGAAGCCAAACGCAAGAAUGUCCGCCCAUGCAAACACGAAAAUGGGCCCCUUAG